AUGCCCCCCAUCCAGCAGAACUCCGCUGAGGAAGGGCGCUCAGAUGUGGAGGAGAAAGCUUUGGAAGGAGCAAAAGCCAUGACUUGUGAGCAGAAUUCCAAGGAAACAGAGCUCAAAGAUAGAAACGGCUCUGUGGGAGAAUCAGAAUCUAAGAGCAACUCCAACUCUGAGGCGCGCAGCUCCCGGAAGCGGAAAUUGAGCCCUAGGAAGGGCUCUCCUGAUGGCACAGGCCCCUCCUCAGAGGAUGAGCACCCUGAGGUGCUGCACCGGGAGGAAGGAAAGGUCCCCAAAGGCAACAGCAGUGAGGGGGUCCGGGAUUCCCGCUGCAGGAGACCUCACAGGAGGCGCCCUGGGUGCAGCAAGAAGCCCAGAGCCAGUUUCCCAAGGGGCCAGCCGCCACCACUCAGGAAAACCUUGGUGACCUCGCUGCGCUCAGUGUCCGAGGCCAUUUACCAGGACAUGGUCUGGGUGCAGAGGCAGCAGGUCCAGGCCCCGCUGGGCUGGGAGGACCUGUCUGCACUGGCCCAGCUGCGGGCACCCCUGGCCGACCUAGUCCAGACCAUCUACACCAUGGCCUCCCAGGCAGCCUACGCCAUCCCUGCCGAGGGCUGGCUCAGCCCAACGCCUCCUCCUGGCGCCCUGGGCUUGCCUGGCACAGAGGAUAAGGCCGGGGUGUUGCCUGCAAGCAAGAGGAGUCCACUUCUUCCCCUGGACAAGUGA